CCCAAAGCAAAAGAAAAGUCAUUAAUGGGAAUUCAAAAUUGUUGAACGCAAUUACGAGGAACCAAAGUGGGAGAAAUUUCCAAGAAAAAACCAACUCAAUGCCCACAAGACUUAUGUCAAUUUAUAUUUGUUGAAUUGUUUGUGCAUACAUACUUUGAAUCUUAGCUGCUCAUUCUACAAGUUCGCUUCCACUUUUAUCAUUUGCAAUGCCUUCCAAGGCCAUCAUGAAAUGCAGCUCUUCUUCAUCAUCUCAAGUCACAAGAACAUACGAUGUGUUUGUGAGUUUCCGAGGUGAAGACACUCGAAACAACUUCACUGAUUUUCUCUUCGAAGCUCUUCGUAGAAAAGGCUUUCAUGCCUUCAAAGACGAUGCUGAUCUCAAGAAAGGUGAAUCCAUAGCACCGGAACUGCAACAGGCAAUUGAAGGGUCUCGCAUUUUCAUCGUGGUGUUCUCUAAGAACUAUGCUUCCUCCACUUGGUGCUUGCGUGAACUUGCCCACAUUUGCUAUUUGGUUGAAGCACCAGGAACACAUAUUCUACCUAUUUUUUAUGAUGUGGAUCCGUCAGAUGUGCGAAAACAAAGUGGAUAUUUUGAGAAACCCUUUGUCGAACUCGAAGAAAGAUUUAGAGAAGAUAAUGAAAGGAUGGAUGAAGUGCAGAGAUGGAGAGAAGCUCUCACCCAAGUGGCCAAUCUCAGUGGCUGGGACAUCAGAAAUAAGCCACAAUAUGCAGGGAUUGAAGAAAUUGUUCAAAGGGUGACAGAUAUAUUGGGUCAUAAAUUUUCAAGUCUUCCAAAUGAUAAUCUAGUUGGGAUGGAAUUUCGUGUCGAGGAAUUGGCAAAACUCUUAUAUUCGGAGUCAAGUAAUGAUGUUAGAGUUUUUGGAAUCACUGGAAUGGAUGGAAUAGGAAAGACAACUCUUGUUCGUGCUUUAUAUGAAGGAAUCUCUCAUCAAUAUGAUUUUACUUGUUAUAUUGAUGAUGUGAACCAGAUUUAUGGAGAUUCUAGUACAUUAGGUGUACAAAAGCAAUUGCUUUCUCAUUCUCUAAAUGAAAAAUGUGAAGAGAUUUGCAAUGUUUCUCAGGGAACUUAUUUGAUAUGGAAAAGGCUACAACGUAAAAAGGCACUUAUAGUUCUUGAUAAUGUUGAUAAAGUUGAACAGCUAAAGAUUUUUACAGGGAAUCGAGACACUAUGUUACGUGAUUGCUUAGGUAGAGGGAGCAUAAUCAUCAUAAUUUCCAGAGAUGAACAAAUAUUGAGGAUACAUGGAGUAGAUGAGGUUCACCAAGUUCAACCACUGGAGAACAAAGAGGCCGUUCAGUUAUUUUGUAGACAUGCUUUCAAAGCUAAUGUUAUUAUGAAUGGUUAUGAAAAGAUGGCAAAUGAGGUACUAUGGCAUGCUCAGGGUCAUCCUUUUGCAAUUGAAAUUUUGGGUUCAUCGUUAUUUGGUCUAAGUGUGUCACAAUGGAGAAGUGCAUUAGCUAUGCUAAGAGAAAACAAAAGUAAAAAGAUUAUGGAUUUGCUUAGAAUAAGUUUUGAAGCGUUGGAUUAUACAAACAAGCAAAUAUUUCUAGACAUAUCUUGCUUUCUCCAUGGCUAUGAAGUGGAACAUGUAGUAGAAAUUCUAAAUUUUCGUGGAUUUUAUCCCGAAUAUGGCUUGCAAGUUCUGAUAAAUAAAUCACUCUUGAUCGUUGAGGAUGGGAGAAUUAAAAUGCAUCGCUUGUUGAUGGAUUUGGGGCAGUCUAUUGUUCGUGAAGUAUCACCUAAAGAACCAAGAAAUUGGAGCAGAGUGUGGAGCUAUAAGGAUCUCCAAAAAAUACUGUCAAAUAACAAGCCAGCAGAAAAUCUGGAAUCUGUAGUUUGUGAGUUCGCACUCUUUAAAACAACCUUGAGCGCAGAUGGGUUUUCAAACAUGAGGCAUCUUAAGUUGCUCAAGUUGAAUUAUGUGGAAUUUUCCGGAAGCCUGGACUAUCUUCCUAGUGAAUUAGGAUAUCUAUGUUGGCAUGGAUAUCCAUUUAAGUCUUUGCCACCUCGUUUUCUACCGUACAAGCUUGUUUCGUUGUCCCUGGCUAAUAGCAAAAUCAAACAACUAUGGGAAGAUACAAAGCCUUUACACAAUUUGAAGCGUUUGGAUCUCUCUUCAUCAGAAGACCUAAUCAAGGUGCCAGAUUUAGGGGAGGCCAUAAAUCUUGAGUGGCUAUCUCUAAAAAGUUGUACAAAAAUAAGGGAGAUCCAUCCAUCCAUUGGUCUUCUAAGAAAACUUUCUUAUGUGACUUUGGAAGGCUGCAAAAGUCUUAUAAAGUUGCCACAUUUUGAGGAGACCCAAAAUCUUGAAAUACUAGAUCUUGAGAGAUGUAUAAAAUUGGAGAAGAUCCAUCCAUCCAUUGGUUUUAUAAGAAAACUGAAAUUUUUGAACUUGAAAAACUGCGAAAAUCUUACCAUGUUACCACAUUUUAGAGAGGACCUAAAUCUUGAAAUUCUAAAUCUCGAAGGAUGUAGGAAGCUCGGGCAGAUCAAUCCCUCCAUUCAUCAUCUAAAAAAGCUUACUGUUUUGAAUUUGAAAGGCUGCAAAAGGCUAGUAAGCUUGCCCAACAGCAUAUUAUGCCUCAAUUCUCUCAGUUAUCUGAAUCUCUCGGCCUGUUCAAAUCUGUCUUAUAUCCAGUUAUUAGAAAAACCAAGGGAUGAAGGUCAUUCGAAGAGGCCUUGUGUAGGUGAAGCUUCUCUAAGAUCUUCCAUCAUGAAAAGGUGGUUUAAGUCGCCUUUACACUUGUUCAAUUCAAGAACCCAUAAAGAUUCAUUUAGCCACUUGUUGCCUUCUCCCAAUUUCUCAUGCAUUCGUGAACUUGAUCUAAGUUUCUGCGCUUUACUUCAAAUCCCUGAUGUUAUUGGAAAUUUGCAUAGCUUAGAAAGGCUAAACUUGAGUGGAAACAGUUUUUGCAAACUACCCAACCUCAAGGAACUUUCCAAACUGUAUCGAUUAGUCUUAAGGCAUUGCAGGCAACUGAAAUAUUUGCCUGAGCUACCUUCACAAACUUACUUGCCAUCAGUAAUUUACGAAAGGCCAUGGCCAACAACAGAAUCUCCAGCAUGGGCAAACGCACCACAAAAACCACUUCUACAUGUUACAAACUCAGGUUUAGAAGUUUUGAACUGCCCAGAGUUAGUUGAGAUUGAAAGGGAACGCUGUACGAGAAUGACUGUUUCAUGGAUGAUACAAAUACUUCAGGCGCAACGCCGCAUAGAUCCGUUGUCCAUUCCAAUGAACCCACUUUUUUCAAGUGUUAUACCUGGAAGUGAAAUACCAAGGCUGUUCAACCAUCUGGAGUAUAGCACGUUAACAAGGAUUGAUGAGUCUCCCUUUGGGCAUGACUAUGAGGCUGCUGUGUUUUGUGUAAUAUUCGAAGCUCGGUUCAAAAAGGGGAUUGUGUCAUCAAUUUGUCCUCCGAAAGCAAAAGGAAAGUUUAAUGACAGUAAGAUUUCAAUGGUUUUUGAUUCUGAUCUAGCCAUCGCGGAAUAUGUUUCAGAUUACCUGUGGAUAUCCUUUUUGAUUAAAGAAGAAUUCAUUCAUUAUCAGGACGCACCUUUGUAUGAUGAAAUAGUAGACUUAGUCGGGAAUGACCAUUAUGAUAUAGAUGUGAAGAAAUGCGGGUAUCGUCUGAUAUAUGAUCUGGAUCUAGAACUAUCAAACUUAGCAAUGAUGCUUGGUGGAAAUUCGCCGGCCUUGAAGAACGACCUUUCGGCAAUUGAAGAUAACAAGUAGCAACACUGCAUUUCCACUGAAGCUCCUUCAUAAUGAAGAAUUGAAGAUAUGAAAUAAUACUGAAACAACUCUUUGCAUAUUAUUUGGUUUCUAAACUGUUGAUAGUCAAUUUUACUGUAGCAACUUCAAUGGGGCACUAAACAAUUUCAUGAUUCGCCUUUCAAUGAUGCAUAUUGUUAGGUUUCGCUAUGGCAAUAGGAUCAUUCAAACACAUGUAUAGAAGAUAUUCUGCUGCAAUAUUGCUCAUGGUGGUCAUUCAAAUGUAUGAAGAUAUUUAGAACUACAUUCUGCUGUAUCCGUAUGUUUGAUCAUAUUAUGUUCUGCCUUUUGAUAGUUCUAUGGUUUGAAUCCCUGUGCCUAGCUUAAAUUUCAGUUCCAUUUCCAUGUAUUUGCUACUUAGUCUUGAGCUUUGUGUUUUUGCAAAGAGAUCCUCUUCCACCAGUUAUAAAAGGGGCUCUCCUAUCAGAGCCAGGUUCUUUUGAGGAAAA